AUGAGCAACGUUGACGUGCAAUACGGCGAGCGCCUGCUGCCUAAAGUCGUCGACGACAUAGCACGUAAUUCACCGGACAAGGUCUUUGCUACCAUUCCUCUCACCUCAGACUGGCGCGACGGCUCCCGCGAUGUCACUUACCGCGACCUCAGCAAAGGCGUUGAUCGUGCUGCCUGGUGGCUUAAGGAGAACGUCUUGUCGAGGACCCAAUUCGAGACACUGGCGUACACCAGUGCCAAUGAUUUGAGAUACUGCUUCUUCACCUUGGGCGCAGUCAAAGCCGAUUUCAAGCUUUUGCUGACCUCGCCACGGAACUCAGUCGAUGGCAUGUCGGCACUUCUGCGCAACACACACUGCCAGACAUGGUUGACCUCCCGUCCAGCCCCCAAACUCAUCUCGGACUGCCAGGCACACCUGUCGAUCUCAGUCAUCGAGAUCCCGGAUCUGACUGACUUCCUGGACGGCACCGUGGAGAUUGAGCGGUUUCCCUUCGAAAAGGCGUUCUCCGAGGCAAAGCAAGAGCCUUUUGUCGUCCUUCACACCUCUGGCUCCACGGGUCUUCCCAAACCAGUUGUGCUCAAGCAUGCCGGGUUGGCAUGCAUCGACGCGCUGAGAAACAUCCCGCCCCAACCCGGUUUCGAUCUUGUUCAACACUGCUUCGUGUACGACUAUGACUCAUUCUACGUCGCCAUGCCGGCCUUCCACGCAGCAGGCAUCUUCAUGAUGCUAGCCAUGCCGGCCUUCUCAGGAGCCAAGGUAAUCAUGGACUCACCUGCAUCUCCCAUGACAGCAGAUGCGGUGAACAAAGUGCACCUCCACGCGAAGCCAGACGCCAGUCUCCUUGCACCGUCAAUUUGGGAUGACCUCGUCCAGAAUCCAGCAUAUCUGGACAAUCUUCGCGGCCUCAAAGGCGCCAUGUGGGGUGGAGGACCUCUGACACAGCACACUGGUGAGGUGUUGCGAAAUUUCGCCAGGAUCAUCAAUAUGUACGGAUCGACCGAGGCGAUGCUGCUACCUCUGCGGGUGCCGGAUCAGGAAGCUUUCAACUACUUCCGAUUCUAUCCCGAGUAUGGUAUAGAGAUGCAGCCGCGUGAAAGUGGGCUUAGCGAGCUGGUGAUUCACCGGAAGCCCGAGGCGGAGAGGCUGCAGGCCAUUUUCACCACAUUUCCCAGCCUGUCUGAGUACUCUCUGAAAGAUCUCUUCUCGCCUCAUCCUACCAAAGCUGGGCUGUGGAGGUACGAAGCCCGUGCCGACGACGUGAUGGUGCUGGGCAAUGGCGAGAAGCUGAAUCCCCUGGCAAUGGAGCAGAUUAUCAGCUCAGUCCCAGCAGUACGCGCUGUUCUGGUAGUUGGACAUGCACGAUUGCAGACUGCCUUGCUGGUGGAGGCCGUUGCGCCACCAACAACUUUAGAAGAACGUGCCUCGCUUGUCGCGGUCAUCAAGCCCGCCAUUGAGCAUGCAAACCAGGGAUGUCCAGGCUAUGGUCGGCUGUCUGAUUCGAUGAUUCUCUUCACCGUCCUAGACAAGCCGAUGCUGAGAGCAGGGAAGGGCACGAUCCAGAGACAGCUAACCCUCGACCUCUACGCCGAAGAGAUCGAUCAGAUGUACGCAGCCACAGACCUACACACGCUGGUCGACCUCCCUCUUGAAGAUAGCGAUGCUCUAUCUCAGGCUUUGUUUGACCUCAUCAGCAAGACGGCGCAGGUCGAUAUCGACGAUUACAGUGCGGAUUUCUUCGCGAGUGGCGUAGACUCGCUCGCCGCCCUGGUCACCAUGAAGCACAUCAAGGCAGCUUUCGCCCGGCGCAAGAUCGACACCCGGCUCGUGUCCACGCCACUGUUCUACCAGAAUUCGUCGAUCCACAAGCUCACUCGGAAGAUUCUGGAGCUGUAUCGGUCUGGUGGCAGGGCGCAGCCAGACGCUCAAGGCGACGAAGAUGAGCGAGAGAUGCAGGAAAUGUUUGAGAAAUACUCUGACGGACUGCUUAACGGUCAAGUGUUGAAACAGCCACGCAGCUCAGCCACCGUCAUUCUAACCGGCUCCACGGGAUCAUUGGGCUCCUACCUCUUGCACAGCUUGAUAUCUGACCCCGGUGUCCGCCAGAUCUACUGCAUGAACCGCAAUGUGGAUUGCAAAGACCGACAAGUCAAAUCGAACGCCAAUCGAGGCUUGACGACCGACUUCAACAAGGUGACCUUCCUGCAAGCCGAUUUCUCUGCAGCUCGUAUCGGCUUGAAGCGGAACCAGUGGGACGCAGUGUUGAGCAGUGUCACGCACGUCAUCCACAACGCAUGGCCUGUCGACUUCAACUUGUCGCUUGCCUCUUUCGCUCCGUCUCUGCAAGGUGUUAGAAACCUGCUCGACUUCACAGCCUCUGCUGGCGCAUCCAUGCUGUUCAUCUCCAGUAUCUCGACCGUGGGCAACUGUAACAAGCGCCCGAUCCCCGAACAGGCGGUCAAGGAAUGGAAGUCGGCACAGAAGCUAGGCUACGCGCAAAGCAAAUUGGUAGCUGAACGACUCUGUGACGUGGCGGCUUCCGAAAGGAAUAUUGAUGUAGCGGUUGCUCGUGUGGGUCAGGUGGCCGGACCCGUGCAGCACGAGCUUGGAUCAUGGAACCAAGCAGAGUGGCUGCCUACAUUGAUUGCCAGCGCAGACAAGAUGCGACUGCUACCCUCAAGCUUGGGUGCAAUGGCGGCCAUCGAUUGGAUUCCGGUGGAUGAACUCGCCCAGGUUCUCCUCGAAAAGGCACUGCCAGGCGGCAAUGAUUGGUUCCAUGCUGUCAAUCCCAGAAGAACCAGUUGGAAGACAAUGUUACCGGUCGUUGAGCAGCAUCUGAACCGUGGGAACGGUCAGCAUACGAUUCAAGUAUCAUAUGGGGAAUGGGUGCAAGAACUCGAAAACCGAGCAUCAAGGGACGAUAUUCGAGAGAACCCAGGGUUUCGUCUAUUGCCGUUCUAUCAGAGCUUGGUGGUGGAAGACAAGGAGAACGUAGAUGUGAGCGUUGAAGGGGAGUUGUUCUCAUUGGACAAGUCCAUGGCCAGCAGUCAGCAUUUGGCCCAUUUACAGGCGGUGCAGCCCGAAUGGAUGGAGCUGUGGAUGAGACAAUGGGGAUAUUGA